CGCACGGACACGCCCCAGUCAAAAUUCCCAUUUCACCCCUGUCGUCACCGUCUCCGACCGCCGCCGCCGCCGCCGUUCCCGACCACCAUGCGCGAUCCGGGUCGCAGCCUCCUGGUUCCCCUCCUCCUCCUCUCCCUCUACCCGCUCUCCCUCAGCGCCGGCCCCUUCUUCCUCAUCCUCACCCAGGAGGACCUCAAGGGCGUCGCCGCCGCCCCCCCGGACGAGCUCCUCGACUCCGCCGACUGGUACGAGUUCGGCGACUCCGAGUCCCGGCCCGAGGAGGAGCUCGAUCCCGGCUCCUGGCGCCCGAUGUUCGAGUCCGGCGAGCCCCUCGCCGCAGGAUCCGAGCCGGAGGAGCUCUACUACUCCGGCGUGUCGAAGAUGAUGGGCCGCCGCCAGCUCCGGGGAGGGCGGCUGAUGGAGGAGGCCGUCGAGUUCGAGGCCAGCGCCGCCGCGGGGUACGCGCACGCGCAGUCGGCGCUAGGGUUUCUCCUCGGGACGGGGCAGAUGAGGGACAGGAGCAAGGGCAAGGCGUUCCUGUACCACCAUUUCGCCGCCGAGGGAGGGAAUAUGCAGUCGAAGAUGGCGCUUGCUUACACUUAUAUGCGUCAGGAUAUGUAUAAAAAGGCAGUCGAGCUGUAUGCCGAGGUAGCAAAGGUGGCUGUAAGUAGCUUUUUAAUCACGAAGGAUUCUCUUGUCAUAGAACCGAUUAGGAUUCACAAUGGAGCUGAGGAGAAUAAAGAAGCUCUGAGGAAGUCUCGAGGUGAGGAUGAUGAGGACUUCCAGAUAUUGGAGUACCAGGCACAGAAGGGGAAUGCAAUUGCAAUGUACAAAGUGGGGUUGUUCUAUUAUUUUGGGCUGAGAGGAUUGAGGCGUGACCAUACGAAAGCAUUGUCAUGGUUUAUAAAGGCUGUGGACAAGGGCGAGCCGAGGUCAAUGGAACUUCUUGGGGAGAUAUAUGCUAGGGGUGCUGGAGUUGAGAGGAACUAUACAAAGGCUUUCGAGUGGCUAAAGCUUGCCUCCAGACAGCAGCUUUACUCGGCUUAUAAUGGAAUGGGCUAUCUAUAUGUCAAAGGUUACGGAGUGGAAAAGAAGAACUACACUAAGGCAAAGGAGUACUUUGAGAUAGCUGCUAACAACGACGAGGCUGGUGGGUACUAUAACCUGGGGGUGAUGUAUCUUAAAGGCAUUGGGGUGAAAAGAGAUGUGAAGCUGGCAUGCAAGUACUUCAUAGCAGCUGCCAAUGCAGACCAACCAAAGGCAUUCUACCAGCUAGCAAAAAUGUUCCAUACCGGUAUCGGGCUCAAGAAAAAUCUUGCCACGGCUACUGCAUUGUAUAAGCUAGUUGCAGAGAGGGGACCAUGGGGCUCUUUAUCAAGAUGGGCCCUUGAAUCAUAUUUAAAAGGCGAUGUGGGCAAGGCAUUCCUCUUAUAUUCGAGGAUGGCUGAGUUGGGCUAUGAGGUGGCACAAAGUAAUGCUGCAUGGAUUCUUGAUAAGUAUGGUGAGCGCAGCAUGUGCAUGGGGAAAGCAGGAUUUUGCACAGAUGCGGAACGACACCAACGAUCACAUUAUUUAUGGUGGCAAGCUUCCGAGCAAGGAAAUGAGCAUGCUGCUUUGAUGAUCGGAGAUGCAUACUAUUAUGGACGGGGUACUGAAAGAGAUUAUGAACGUGCAGCAGAGGCUUACAUGCAUGCGCAAUCCCAAGCUAAUGCACAAGCUAUGUUCAAUCUUGGUUAUAUGCAUGAACAUGGCCAGGGUCUUCCUUUUGAUCUUCAUUCAGCAAAACGCUAUUAUGAUCGAGCACUUGAGAAUGAAACUGCUGCAACACAUAAUUGUCCUUCUGAUGCAACACCUUCCAAAAGCUGCUUCUGUUGAUAAGAGGUGGUGCUGAGUCCUGGAGCUGAAGAACACGAACCGUUGAUCGAUAGAUGUCACUUUGAUCUCUGUUUCUUGCCAUUAGAUGUAUAUUUGUAUAUGACUUAAGCCGAUACCUUUUCGUUUCCUCCCCUGCCCUGAUCCUGC